UGUUCGAAGGGCCUUUGUCCCAGUGUUGGUGGCCUCUCUCAUUCUUUCUCAACCAAGAUGAUCAUCGAGCCCACCAGCGCCAAGCUGCUGCCAGACCCCCUGCGUGAGCCCUACUACCAACCGCCCUACACUCUGGUCAUCGAGCUCACCGACGUCUUGCUGCACCCCGAAUGGUCGCUCAUCACUGGCUGGCGUUUCAAGAAACGUCCGGGCAUCGACAGCCUCCUGCAGCAGCUUGCGCCGCUCUACGAGAUCGUCAUCUUCACCUCCGAAACAGGCAUGACCGCCUUCCCCCUCAUCGACAGCAUCGACCCACACGGCUUCAUCUCCUACCGCCUCUUCCGCGACGCCACCCGUUACAUGGAUGGGCACCACGUCAAGGACAUCUCCUGCCUCAACAGAGAUCCUGCCAAGGUGGUGGUGGUGGACUGUCGUAAAGAAGCCUUCUGCCUGCAGCCCUUUAACGGGCUGGCGCUGCGCCGCUGGGACGGCAGCUCUGAUGACCGUGCCCUCUACGACCUCACUGCCUUCCUCAAAACCAUUGCCCUCAGUGGUGUUGAGGACGUGAGGACCGUGCUGGAGAACUACGCGCUGGAGGAAGAUCCGCUGGCAGCUUUUAAACGACGCCGGUCGCAGCUGGAGGAGGAGGAGCAGCAGCGUUUGGCUGAGAUGGCGCAGGGCAAGAAACCGACGGGGCUUUUCCUGGGAGCCCUGGCUGGUCGUUUCUGGGCACGUUCCAAGCAGCAGUGACGGCCCAAGAUGUUGUCACCGUGUCACCAGGACGUUGUCAUCGCGUCACUGCAUGCUUGGACUGACUGGUGGUCCUGGCGCUGCGUCUGAGCUACAGCUUUUUGUUGUUUGGUUGUUCGUUUUGUU